UUCUGUUUACAUCAGGUCUGAAACCAUCAGAUCACUGGCCAUCAGCAGGAUCUGACACUUUUCUUCAGUGAAAGAAUAAUAUCAACAUCGGUGAAUGUUUUGAAUGUUUUAAGAGUUAUUUCAUCUUAUAGGAUAAUAACGAAACCCAACAUAAUCAGAUUAUGGAUGCUUCCAGCGACGAGAAAAAGAAUACUGUUAUGGUGAAACAGGACCAACACAUAAUUACGAUCGUGAAUGAAUUAUUGGAAACAUUCGGCGAAAAAGAUGACCUCUUGCGCAGUACGACUGAAUCAUCGCUGAUAAAGAUUGCCCGGCGACGACAUGAUGAAAUCGUAAAAAUUUUCUGUGAAUAUCGGGAAAAGAAUCCCAAAAUUGGGGAGCCCCAAGCUUCGGUCAUUUUAAGGGUUAUCGAGCAUGUAGUACUCAAUUUGCUGGAUCGUAUCAGCCACGAAACAGCUUCGAAAUGCAUAAAGUACAGUGUGAACGAAAUGGUACGUUCGCCGGACCAGCAAGCAGUGGUACAAACACCGUGUCGCGAGAUUCUAGUGUCUGUUGGAAGGCGUUACUGCAAGGAAGUGAUGAACGUUUUGAUUGAGUACAUAAACCAGAAUCAGGUUCCUCAUUUCAUGAUUCUCUAUUCGAUGGGAUCACUAGCCACAGUAAACAUUAUGGAAUCCAUCCCGUUGAUAAAAUCAAUUAUGGGAUUCAUUUUGCCUACGCUUUCCUCGAUUAAACAUGAUCAUCUUAAGCAAUCAUAUGCCUUUGCUAUAGGUCGGUUUUGUGAAGCAUUCUGUGAAUACAAGGAGCAUCAACGAUUGAAUCCUAAUGAGGAAACUCCGAUGAAAACAGGAAUUACAUAUGAUAUAUCAGACGAAGUGGGAAUAGCGUAUGAUUUAUUUCAAGCGCAAUGGCUCUCAUCCCGGGAACCAAAAGUUUCAUACGAAGUUCUCAAUGCAUUAUCUUUUAUGUACCCAUUACUCUCGGUGGAAAAAAUUAACGACAGCUUGAUGAAAGUGAUUCAAAGUACACUUGCUCUCUAUCGUCGUAGUGUCGAUCGCAGUGUCGUAACGCAAUAUCUAGCGUCUAUCAUCAAAACAGUUCUAACUUUCAACACAGCACUUCUGUCGGGCUUAUCCGACAAUAUAAUCACCUCACUAUUCGACUUAGUAUGUGUCAAUCCAGAUUACGAAAAGCCACAAACUGUCAAGGGGCAUUACGAGGUCUUGCGAUGUUUCGAUCUAAUGGCCAACAACUAUGGAGAUAAAAUUGUCGAAAUAUUGAUCCUACAUUUGCGCAACAAUAACGAACGGGAAAGGAUCAAAUCACUGCUUGUACUUACACAUCUAACAAACACAUCGGAAAGAGUAAUUAGCGAGAAGCAGACAGAAAUAGGCACCAUACUUAAAUCGAUGCUGACCACAGAACGAUCAAUAAAAUUGAAAAUGGUUCUGCUCAAAACGGUUGUGGCAUUUAUGCAGCGGAAUUUCGUACAAGACAAGGAGUUUGUAUUGCUCUUGAUUCGAGGCAGCUGUCCCUUGCACAAGUUCAAUAGCGAGUACGGAAGUAACGAUGAGUAUGUUGAAUUUGAGACUGCUUGCAAUAAUACAAUGUUUAUUCUGUCAUCUACAAUCGGUACAAUGGAUGAGAUUCUAAAAAUUGAGUUGCUUCAAAGUUACUUGAGGCUUGAAUUUACGGGAAUUUGCGGUAAUAUUAGCAAAUGCUUGGCUAAUCUGUUGAGUAAGAAUCCGGAAAUAAGCAAACUUGAAGAACGACGAAAUCCUUUCGAUGAGAAUGAACUCAACGAAGAUUACCGUCCGCCAAGUCCCGUUUCGGUUUUUGUUCGCUCUUUAGCUUUGCUGGGCAACUUCAGUAAUACUAUCCGCGUGCAGCAUAUUUUAACUUUCUUGAAAAGCUACUCAUCAAAUCUAUAUAAACACAUAACUCCUUUGUGGGACGAAAAAUUAGGAAACAUUCUUCAACAGCUGGGAGACGAUGGCAGCAUUAUGAAGCAGGAAAAAUACGAUUCGCUUCUACUUGAAUUUUUACAGGCAACUAUCAAAGACAUUGAUGAAUUUCGAUUUGUUGAGAGCAUGAUCGCUGAAAUUUUCCAACAACUCCCUUUGUAUCAACCCAUAUCGAGUCAACCACCGAUCGAAUACAAAAUUCCAUCCCUGGACCAGGAGAAACGAAUGCUGAUAAAAGUUUUGGGAGUCUGUCUUUGUUAUUCAAUCGAUGAACAUCUGAUAGGGAAUAAAAUAGAUCUUAUAAUUGGCUUAGCCAGAGCGGAAAAGUUGGACAAACACGCAUCGAAUGAUGAGAUCGAAAAAUUGCUUGAGGAUUAUGCUCAGUCGCUUGGAAUUGUAUCGGUGGAACAUGCCGAUAAGCUCAUGAAAAAGUUAUUACCUCUGGUGAUCGACGAAGGCGUUAAAAAAUCCGGAAGUUUCUUCUCUAAUUUGCACUUUAUGAAAGAUGCCAGCAAAGAGCUGGAAUCCUUCAAAACGAAAGUGUUGGUACUACAAUCACUGAACUUUAUUGUCACUAAAGCCCCAAAGGAGACCGUGGUGCGUUUGCUCGAUGAGCCCGUUAUUAAUUAUCUAACCGCACAGUUCGACAACAAAGAGUUGUUCAUUAAAAAACUGAUCCUGAACGUGUUGCUUAACUUGGCAGAUAUUUUACUGCAGAAACCAAACACCUUAUCGGAAGAUCACCUCAACAGGUUCAAGAAUAAAAAUGAACUGCUGAAAAUUUGCAUGAAUAUUACCUGCGACUCCCAGAAUGAAUACCUUCCUGUGUUACCACAUAUACUUAAGCUGUCUACAUCGCUUAUAAAACUGAAUGCUGACGAUGAAAAUGUUGAUGCCAAUGGGUUACUGAACACCGCCUGCUAUUACUUUUUCACAACUGCUCAAAACCUCAAAUCUAAGUUCGAAUCGUUGGAGGAAGACAAUCGAAACAGUUAUCUGGCCAAAUAUCUGAAUCUGUCACUGCCGGAGCUGAAUCAGUUCAUCAGAUCGAUUUUGGAGCAACAAAAUGGAUCGCCGGCUUGUCUCGAUGAUAUCAAUUCGAUUCUUGAAAUUUGGCUGAAGGAUCGCAACCAUGAGGUUCGCAUCUGCGCUGGUCACGUGUACAAUAAUACCUUAGAUGUUUACAUGCGCUCGAUGAAGAUAGGCUUCGAGGCUCCCUCGAAAUUCAAUCAGACGGGAAGUUUGCUUGGGAAAAUAAUUCCUCGGUGCAUUGAUUCAAACGCAACCGUACGCCAAACAGCAAUCGAAGUAUUGAAAAAGAUACUGGAAAUUGCUUGCAUCUAUGAGACGUUGACAAUCGCUGAUGAACGGAUCGAUUGGAUUAAGGAGUUGGAUCAAAUCAGAGAUGAAAUAGUGACAGACGAUCCUAAAGAUAUUUACCGGAUCGCCGGACAGUUGGCUAAUAUUAUUGCUCUGCGGUUGUCGACAUAUCAAUACGUGCAAUUCAGCAAAUGUCUACUGUACAGUUUGAACGAUCCCGAACAAAGCUCUGCCAUAGGAGCAUCCGUUGUCCUGAAAUUUUUCAUGCAGAUCAAAGGAGCAGAAAUGUUUCAUGCCAUUCCCGAGCUGGUUAAAGAAUGCCUCUACGCGGUGAAAAUUUGCGAGGUGGCAAGGGCUCGCUCGGGUGUACUGAAAUCAAUGCUAGCCCUUACAAAACACCACCCGAAACUUGUUUGCAAUGAAUUGUUGACCCAGAGCUUACCAUUAGAAGAAUACGUUAUCGACUAUUGGCGCACCAUUACAAUGGACGCAGAAUUAACUGGUAUUAUAUUGGAUAACUUUAUAGGCACAGUGAUGACAUCGUGUUUGUGUGAACAGCAGCAUCAAGAUAAACCACGAGACAAUGUUCAAAAAGCGGCCACCCUUCAGCCUUUUUCGAUUAUUUGCGUUCUGAGCGAAAUUUUUAAAAGCCGGGAUAUAAGGGCGGAACUGAACGCUAGGUUCAUCGACACUUUUUGCAUGCUUCUUACAACCCUAGCUACCUACGUAAAUUUACUUCCACCAUAUAAUUAUGUGCAUUCUCCAGAAGGAGUAAAUGACACGAUUCCAAGGAACGGUAAGCGAGCAAAAAUGCCCACCUCCAAAUCCUCAAAGCUGAAUCCAUGUCAGAUCGCACUGGAUACAUUCAAAACCUUCCUAGAUACGCUAGAUAUGCAGCAGAUUUCGAAUGUACUAAAUGUGUGCCCUACUCUCGGAUCAAGUACGAAUUUGAAUAGCUUUAUAGAAAUCCUCACGCCACUGAGCGUAGCCACGGCCAGCGAAGUUGGUAUCAAUUCCACAAUGAUGAAACAAAUCGUUACGAAACUAAGCAAACAUGUUAGCAGUCCGUAUGAUACACAGCGAAUUGCCUCGACCGGAUUCUACUCACAUCUCGUACCCCUGAAGCCGUGUGGAGAAAUCGCAUCUGUAAUAAUGCUUCAUCUGAACUCUUCUCUAAAUGAUCCGAAUCCGCUGGUUCGGGGACUCAGUAUACGAGGAAUGGCGUACCUGUGCAAUCUUACCGAGCACGAUAUUGAUAAAUAUUCGGAAAUAUGUUUAACCGCGCUUCUGAAAGGAAUAGAUGAUUAUAACGCUAAUUGCUUCAUUAACAUUCCACUGGAAAGUAUGAGAGGACUCUCGCAGAUACUCCAGUCACUACCACAGCAUAAGUUUGAAAUGUUUCAAGUGUCGUUAGCAAUUCGCAUAAAACCUUUCUUCGAAAAUACCUCAACAGAGUUAAGAGAAUCGGCGAUUCUUCUAUUUGGCGAUCUUUGUCAGCAGCAGACGUCCAUUGUGCAUGGAAAUCAGCACAACAAAAUAGACAAUGAUUCAGAAAAUUCGUUGGUAUCUGAAUCAUUAAUGGAACAGUUGAGAGCAAAUUUGUGUUCUCUGUUGCUGCACCUGAGCGAAGAGAACCACCUAAUUGCGCGGGCAUGCAAAAUAACGCUCAAAAAAGUAUGCGCUUUGCUCGGAAUGACUAAGAUGAAUCAGUUGGCUCAAAACCAUUUGCUGGAGCAUGGUCAGCUUCAGUACAGUAAUUUCAUCAAGGAUUUCGUGAAACUUAUCGGUGAGGAACUUGCAGAUUAUCUGAAUGAUUUCAUUGAUUCUUGCCUACCAGCUUUACGCAGUCAGUGGGCAGAAAUUCGUGGAAAUGCGGCCGUUCUGAUUGGAUUGCUACACACGCAGAACCGAGGGAACCAACAGAUGGAUACGGUCGGACACAAAAUUUCAUUACUACUGAAAGAUGAAAAUAGUGGGGUAAAAGUUAAGGCUUCAGAAGCAUUAGGGUUUAUUUAUGGAGAAUGAUUGAAUCAUUCAGAGAUGAUAAUGAAAGUCGAGAACAAGUGUAAUCUUUUCAUCCUUCUCUUACAAUCGAGAAUCUAACACUUUAGAAAGUUACCGCUUUAUUUGGAUAUGCAUGAUACUAUCAGGCAGAACUAUAUAUUUUAUGUGUUAUAUUUAUACACGCAUUUAUUGAACCAGAUUUAAAAUGAAC